UUUACAGAAGUGGUACCUCAUGUCUCCUAUUUUCUAUGGAAGCCUACACGUGUUUACUUUUUUAACGUAAACCGAAUUUGCCAUUUAGGCGUGUAACAGGCGUGUUUAUAGGCUAAGAUGGGACCUAAAGUAGAGUAUUUAAUAGCUGAUACAACAGCAUUUAUUAAGAGUUAUUCUCUACAGGAACUAAGUGAGAAGAUAUUUACUGUCCAAGAAGUUGUUGAUGAAAUAAAAAACAAACGACAAUUGCGCAGACUUGUGGUAUUACCAUAUGACCUUCAGAUCAAGGAUGUCUUUACAGAAAAUAUAGCAUUUAUUACAGAUUUUGCAAAGAAGACAGGUGACUACCCAAGUUUGUCAGCGACAGAUAUUAAAGUGAUGGCUCUUACGUACCAGCUGGAGAAGGAGAAAGUUGGCACCGAACAUUUGAAGCUAGAGCCGACUGUAAAUCGAACAGUCAGCUUCUCUGCAGCAAAACCAAGCGAUACUUGCCCAGAAAUGCAGGCAGGUUUUUAUCUUUCACAUAAAAAGGUUUCAAAAGUCCUUGAUGAAGAGGUAACCGAUAAAAUGGCUUCAUUGAACUGUGGGACGAAUGAGGAUCAUUGCACAACUGAACUGGAAAGUCGGAACUUGUCUGAAAGCGAUGGUGAAGAAGGUGCCCCCUAUGAAGAUGCUGAAGACAGAGUUUUGGAAAGUGAUGAUAGCUUUAGAGAUUGUCGUGAAGAUUUAAGUGGUUCUGAAGUUGAGGAGGAAGAUAGCUGCUUUGAUGUGAAUGACAUUUUAAUCCCGGUCACCUCUCUUGAUGGUAGCUCAGACGAUUACGACUACGAAGAAGAAGAUAGCGAUUCUGAUGGUGAAGAUGCAUGGAUUACACCAGGAAACAUCAACCAAGUGAAGAAGGGUAUGAAUUUUAAAGGAAAUGAAGAUGCAAAGUCUUAUGUUGUUGCAUGUAUUACUUCAGAUUUUGCCAUGCAGAAUGUAUUGAUGCAAUUGGGUUUGAAAGUAGUAUCGGUGGAUGGUAAAAUUAUUCGUCACCUACGCACAUUCAUUCUUCGGUGCUACGGAUGUCAUAAGACCACAAGCAUUAUGACAAAGCUUUUCUGCCCUAACUGUGGCAACAAGACUCUGAAGAAAGUAGCAGUAUCUAUCAAGGAAGAUGGAACUCAACACAUCCAUAUCAAUGCCAGAAGGCCUCUUACAGCAAGAGGUAAAAAGUUCUCGCUGCCCAUGCCGAAAGGUGGAAAGCAUGCCAACAAUCCAAUCCUGGUUGAGGAUCAGAGGCUACCCCAGCAGCAUGCCUCCCGUCUGGCCCGUCAGAAGAAUGAUCCCUUGGCCCCGGACUACAUAGCAGGAUUUUCUCCCUUCAUAAUGCGAGAUGUGAGCUCCAGAUCUGCCAUGCUGGGGAUACGACCUUCAGAAACAAAGCACUGGAUGCGUAAAAACCCUAACGAGGCUAGAAGAAGAUCCUCCAAGAAAAAGAAAUGACGUGACUUUUGUACCAACUGUCUUUUGUAAAAAAAAUAUUACGUGAAAUAAAUUAUGUUUUUAAA